GCUGCAAGGAUGCGUAAAGCACAGUUGGCGAUAUGGUGCAUUUUUGAAAACAGUGCCGGUGGCGAUGCAAUUCGGUGAGUUUCCCCUAUUGUUGGCAGUCAUGUGUUCGCGGGUCUACGAAUGGAGUCCGUCAAAGUGCAGGGCCAGUGUCGAAAUUUCGGGCUUUGGAUUCAAGUUCAGGAAGCGUUGGCUGGAACUAGAGGAAUUUGGAUGGGCUUUCUGCAGGCUCAAGAAAAAUUAUGAACCCAGAGCACGCGCGCCGAGUUUGGAGCGGAAUUUCCCUUUUCUGACGGCAUUCGACAUCCCUGAUGAGCCCGUGUCUCUGCCCAGUUUCCUCCCUCAGGAGGCUGUGCCACCCCCUCUGCCACCAUGCAGAGCCCGAGGGCGCACGUUGGUGCGGCCCCGGUCUGUGGAGGCCCUUUGUCGCCGAAGCAUGGAGCGGAGGCGGCUCGAGGAGGUCGGCGGCGGCACUUCGCCGCCUCCGCGCCGCCCUCGAGCGUUCGUCAAGCGACGGGAAGCCGCUCGCAGACUGUCGCGACUCGACAGUCCUCAGGACAGCGUUUUGGACAGUUGGUUGGAGGACGAGUGGCAGUGGUUUGAGGCUCGGAGGCGGGCCGCCUCCGCCUCGCCCUGCAGAGGCCACGGACUGCUGCAGCUGGUGCCGAGGCACACAGAACGAAUCCACGAUGAGCCCAACACUUCUGAUUUGGGCAGCAGCGAGGGCUCCACUGAAAAUGAAUCGCCGCUGCAUUUUGAAAAGGUGUGUGGGUGA